CCAGUGUGCCCCUCCCAGGCCCAGAGGAGGUGCCCUUCACUUCCCAUCUGGUAAGGCCGUGGACCCUCUCCAGGGACGGGAAGGACACUCCCGAAGAGCCCGGCACCAAGCCUGGCCUUUGGAAGCAGAGCCAGGGGAACGAGAGGAGCUUGUGCAAAGAGCCUCUCAGAAGAGGUGACACUAGAGCCUCAAAGGGUGAACAGGAUUUCCCGGGGGAAUGAAGCGUGCAGGGUAGGUGAGGAAGUGACUGCGAGAAGCGGGGAAGCAGCAGGACAGAAGGGGCACCAGCUGCGCUUGGUGAGCAACUAGUACAGAAAUGGAGGAGAAAAGAGCCACCGAGGCGGUGGCUCUGGCUUGCUAGCCAAAGUAGAAGACCGGGCAGGACACAGUCCCCAUGAGGGUCUGCCACCCACUGGCAGUGACCCUGGACCUGUCACUUCCCCCUCAGACCCUACUCCCUCACCUUCAGAAACGGGUCAGUCUGCUAGAGGUUUUCCAAAACUCCUUCCAGCCAAGAGCCCCCAAGGCCAGUCAAGUGCCCCAGGGUGACUGCCACCAACGAAGGCGGCCACCGGCUGGCUUUCAUUCCCCCACCCUUCCCAGUCACAUAGUCCACAGCCAGCCCUGGUCCCCCGUCCCAGAGCGGAAACCGUCACCAAGGGCAAGGCGGCAGCCCCAGCGCUGGAGGCCGAGGCCUGAGAACAUGCCUUGGCCUCAUUCGAGACAAAACAAAGGACACAAGACUGAGGGUUAUCACAGAGGCAUGCGUCAGUGUACAGGUGACAGCCAAAGCUUCAUGGGGCACCUGCAGACCUCCAGACUGCAUCCUCUCCUGCCAGCUUCACCACUGGGAGCCAGCGGUUGCCAGAUGGGGCCUCACCCUCACCCUAACGGCUGGCAGCGGAGAUGGAACCGGAAGUGGGAGCCGCCCGAGCCAUCCCAGAGGUGCCCAGCUGCUCUCACACAGGGUAUUUGUACCCCAGCAAGACCCAUUUUCUUGAGUUUGGCACAGGGCAGGUGAUGCAGAGGUGACGCAGCCCUGUGUGCAUCCCCAGCACCGGAAAACAAAACCAACAAGUGCUCACCGAGGCGCCCUGAGGGCAGCAGCUGCUCAGCACCGUGUGACAGGAUGCAAUCACAGUGGCAGUAGCUCCAGCUGCACUGGCUCACUGUCUCUGAAAGCGAGCCCAGAGAAGCUGAGUGGCCUUCAGAUCCUGGAUUUAUGGGCCCUGGCUCUUGGUUUGGUUUUUGGAUUUGUUUGUUUGUUUGUGACAGGAUCUUGCUUUGUAGUUCAGGCUGGCCUUGAACUUUCAGCAAUCCUUCUGCCUCGGCCGCCCCAUUGCUGAGAUGCACCUGCCUGGCCAUCGCACGGUGUCCCAGACCGCAACUUCUCCUGCUCUCCCCAGAGUGCACAGAGCAGAGCCUCUCACAGAUGCCUGGCCUCGGUGGUCUGGCCAGGGCGGGGGUGUGAGUUCACUCUGGGUGAGUGACUGAAGGGUUGUCCCUUCCAGAUGUGCCAGAAAGAACUUCAAGUCCUAUUUUCUGAAAACAAAACACUAGCUAAAGAAUCCAAAAGAGGAAUGAGAAAGCCAGAAGUUGUGUAAUAGGAAAAGUUGUACCAGCAUCUUCAUAUCAUUGAGAAACUUUUUGCAGCGUGGGCACUUACAAAAAGCACAUGGCAGAUAACUCUUAUUCCUUGGAGAAAAUUCCCUUCAUUAGAACCUGGCAUUCUGUUUUCACCUUAAAAGAGCCAUUUUACAUUGUCUCAGAUUUGGAAACUUUGUACAAACU